AAACUGGUUUAACAUUGUUUUCGGUUAAUAGUUAUAUUUGCAAGUAGUUGAUCUAGCUGUAACCUCGAUUUUUGUUGUCACUGUAUGACUUAAACAAAAUCCUCAGAUGUCAAAUCUUCGAAAGGGGUGUGGCAGAUUCCUGCUACAUGUGUGUACUGGAUUUUUACCUUUGACAUUCUUCUGAUGUAUGUUUACCUGUGAUGUACACUUGGUAUAAUACUUACUUGUGUACCUGUUGAGGAUGUCGGACCCCCUUACUCUGCCACCUUGUCGUAUAUGUACAGGUAUUGCCACAGGAAUACACUAUGGCAUUAAUACCUGUGAAGCUUGCAAGGCUUUCUUUCGGCGCGCCUCCAUGGAGAAAAAUAAGUACCACUGCACAGGUGUUAAUGAAUGUGUGAUCACAGACAGACGACGGGGAAACUGCUCAGCAUGUCGUCUAAAGAAAUGUUUCGAUCUUGGCAUGUCAAGAGGAGCUGUGCGACAUGGCCGAUACACAAUUGCGAUCCGUACAAAGACCAUCAUGGAGGUCAGGCGUCUAGAGGGAAAGGAUGCAGUGUCCAGCUCAGACCACGACAAGGCUAUCGUUACGGAGAUAAAGUUGAGGAAUCCUAGCAGUGAAUUAGAUGACUCCGAAAUUAACACAUCAGCCACACAACUCGCAAAACUCACACCUGCUUCUGUCACAGUAAAGAAAAGGACAAGUGGAAGAUUAAAGGAGAGGAGAUUUAUAGAGGAGGGUCCGAUGCUGUCUGACCCUACAGUGCAUUCCACACAGCUAGGAGACAACAUCCUCGGGGAGGCCGAAAUGCAAGAAAUCAUCAAUCUUCUUGUGACUGCCCAGGAUAAAAUCUACCCCAACCUCAUCAAUUACUUUGACAAAGAAUUCACAGAGAAAUUACAAAACGAUUUCAUUGAUACCUAUAAACUGCGAAAAGAAAUGUUCGGAUUGAAAUCGGGCAGCAUUAGCCAAGAGGAGCAUCGCACACUAUACCAGAUGACCGGAAUUGAUAUUGACGACAGGUUUGCAAUGCUGGAUAAAACAGCUAGUCACUUACAUCGUGGAAUCAUUAAGUACAUCACCUUCGCAAAAGUCAUCCCGGGUUUCAACGACCUCUCAGACGCAGACAAACUGUCCCUCAUAAAAACCUCUAGGUUUGAGUACUGGAUCUUGGGUCACUACCUCCACAUGAACCCUGACCUUGGGGUCAAUGUUGGUUAUGAGAUGAAAUUUCAUCGUGAGGAAAGCAUACAGAACUGGGGAUCAGAGCUUGUAGUCUGUGAACUGGAACAUUUUGCUCGUGCAAUGCACAAACUUGCUCUGUCCUAUGAAGAAAUCACUUUGCUGAGGGCUAUUGUGAUUGUAUUCCGAGACCGCUGUCCACUAGAUGACCCGUCCCAGGUGGAAAAGAUUCAAUGGCCAUUGAUCCAGUGUCUCAAAUAUGUCAUACAGCAAGUCCACCCAGGAGAGGACAAACGAUUUCAUACCUAUCUAUCGAAACUUGUGGAGUUACGAACUCUGACCGAGAUAAACCAGAAAUCUAACAGAAUGCUGGACAAAUUUCAAACGACAAUCCUCAAAAACUACCCCAUUGUUUACGAAUGUCUGUAUAAUAUUUGAAAAAAGAAGUAUCUGUGCAGGACACAAGAAUUUAAACUUCUUCUGUUAUAAAUGCAAGGUAAUCUUUAUAUUUCUAUAUCGUUGAUGAAUUAAAUGAUAGAUGGACCAAAUGUUAGAAUAUUUUGUACCCCGUGCCCACUUUGCUUAAGCUAGUACUACUACUAUAGUUAUCCAAAAAUAAGCCCAUGACUGGUAAUAAGCCCACUAUAUCUAAUGCAGUUCAGAAGAAAUACAAAUAAAUGCUAUUUCAUUCAUUGUCCUGUAAUAACCCCCAGCCCGACUUUGGGUCAGAGAUUGUGUUGGUCUCCUGGGCUUACUGGAGGAUGUAUACAGUAGUCACAUAUAUUGAUUACUUAGAGUUAUAUAUGAUAUGUGUUAAUCUAUUUGUAUACCGUUUUGUACACACAACAUGGGGUUAUUAAUCAGAUACUUCCAUAUCGACCCAUGUAUUAAGUCAUGGUCUUUUAUAUUUGAGCCCAAGUUUGCAGACCAUGGUCCAUUUGUUUUACCCCAUGUUGGCUCAGUUUGGUAAUGCUAUUGCAUUUAAUUUGUUGUGACAUUGUUCCCGUAUUAUUUUCAGCUGUUAUCAGCAAAGCAUUGCUUUGAUUUUAACAAUAAGCAAUAAGCGCAUGUCUCGUAAUAAGCAUUGCGUAGAAUAUCAGAAUUUAUACUUUUAAUCUGACAGGGACAAAAUUACUGUAGUUUGUAAAAUAAAAUAAAGUAUAAUAUAAAAUUAUGGCCUUACAUAUAUCAUCUUGAAAUGAAGGGAAUGGAGGUAGUUUUUGAUAGCUGAAUGGUGUUAAUGCAUUUAUGUGUUUUUUUUACUUGAUGAGAUGAUUUUGUUAUCAAGGUAUUAAUAAGCCUUGUUGUUUAUGUAGCAGAGCACUAGGUUACUGUUUGGGACAAAAUAGUUGGGUGCACUGGAUAGCGCACUUGCCUUUCACCAAGGCGGCCCGGACCGUAUCGGAUGUGAAAAGGUUUUGGGGAACCCUGCCCAAACACAUGGUUAUUCUCCAGGUACUCCGGUUUCCUCCAGCAUGAAUACCCGCGCACGCUAACAUCGGAGCCAACGAGAGUGAUUAAUAAAUAUUGAAAAAACUUGUUUCAUAAUUGUUGUAAAAAAAAAAUUGAAGUUUGUACAGAAAAGUUGCCUAUUCACCUUGACUGGGCAUGAAACAUUUGCCUUAAUGUCAUUCCAUUCAUCUGUAUGACACAUCAAUUAGUCUUUGCAUUAAUGUAGGUCACUGAGGCCUAUAUUUUCUGCCUGCUGACUUUGGUUAGACUUUGCGUUUAGCUUCAUUUUCAUCAAAGUGGUAACAGGGUAAUACUUAUGUUUUAAAAACAUAGUAGUAUACAGAUUUAAACUGUUGUAAAUACUCAUACAAUACAAUGUCUAAACCAAACCUUGAAUAAUCCAAAUACAACGUAUAUCCACACCAUGUGUGUUGUGCCUUGACAUAGGGUACACUAUAUAGUCCAACCCCACCCCAUUAAAUAGUGGGAACAUAAUUAAUGGAUAAAUCUGAAUAUAAAUAUCAUAUUGUUAUAAUAAAAGGCUUCGUUGAGAAGCUAUUUAAAUUGAAAGAAUAUACCAUUCAGUAGAUAAUGAUACUAUUGAAUUAUGUGUUUGAGGCAAUGCCUCUUUAAUAAUUUCCUACUAUUAAAUUAUGUUGAUCAUAUAAUUAUUUUGUUACCAUAAGUAUCUAAUAAUACCACCUUUAUGUAUACCAGUACAUUUGUCCUCAAAUAAUUUAGUAUUGUUGAAUGUAAUUCAUUGCUUUCCAUUCUAACAUAUUUUACUUAUUAGCUCACCUUGCACAUAGUCCUAGUCACAGGGAUUGGACAGGGGGAAUAUGUGGGGCAUGUGCAAGUCUAGGGGAUCAUGAUAUACCUGUAUAGAUCUACUAGACUUGCACAUGUCCAACAUGAUCCGUGUCUGGCCCCUGUAGUGAAGGCUGUGUCAGGCCCCUAUAGUCAAGGCUGUGUCUGGCCCCUGUAGUGAAGGCUGUGUCUGGCCCCUGUAGUGAAGGCUGUGUCUGGCCCCUAUAGUGAAGGCUGUGUCUGGCCCCUGUAGUGAAGACUGUGUCUGGCCCCUGUAGUGAAGACUGUGUCUGGCCCCUGUAGUGAAGACUGUGUCUGGCCCCUGUAGUAAAGGCUGUGUCUGGCCCCUAUAGCGAAGGCUGUGUCUGGCCCCUGUAGCGAAGGCUGUGUCUGGCCCCUGUAGUGAAGGCUGUGUCUGGCCCCUGUAGUGAAGGCUUCACCAAUGAUUGGUGUCUGUUGUACGGUAUCCAGCACAAGCAACUGUAGUUAACUUUUCACAGUAAUUCUGUAAGGCUUAGAGUGAUGUUAAUGUGGUCUUUAUCAUGCUUAGGUGGCGACUGCCAUUUUGAAGGUCGUAGAAUUCAAAUAUGUUUAAAACUUGAAAUGACUUUAGCAGAGACUGAGAGUCCAGGGUCAAAGAUAUAAAAUGUUCAAAUCAACUUUUGAACCACAAGACCUAGAGGCAUCAGAGCCUGUAGCUUGCUUGGAUAGAGGGCUAUCAAUUUUAUUCAAAUAAAUGACCUCGACCCAAUUUGAAGGUCACAAGGGUUAAAUGUGUUGAAAAUUAUCAUUUUCACUUAGGUCAAUAUCCAAAGCAGGUGAGCAAUUGAUACUUAUUGACUUCUUGUUCAUUUUCAAAUAGAUCUAAGUUAAACUCAUGAUAUUAAAACUGAUAUUUAAAAUUACGGCAUUUUUUAUAGAAAACAUAGUGUAGAUCUAGAGGAUCUAGAGUACUUUAGAUCAUAAAAUUUACUGGGGUUUCUUUUCUCCGUAAGAAUGAGCAUUUUAUGCAAAUGAGUAUUUAGGAAUUAAAUACUAUUAAAUCUCCCAUUUAUAUGUAGGAAUUCAUCUCAUUGCAAAUAAUGCAAAUGUGCAUUACAGGAUCUGAAAAGAUGGGAGAGGGGGGGACCCUCUAAAAAUUAUCCAAAAUUGUUACGUUACAAAAGUUGAAUACCGACGUUAGAGAAAUGGACAUUUUAUCAAUAUCUCUAGUGUAAUUUCCAUAGAAACCUGACCAUAAUUUAGCACUUCAAAUUUAUUGUGGGAAAAAAAGUUUAUUGUUGAAAUCUUUUAACUAUGUAUUAUUCAUACCCUGUAACACGAUACAUGUAGUGAAAUUUUAUUAAACAAGUUUUCAAGAAAUCAAAAUUGGACUUAAUUUUAUGUUGUAUCAUGUUCCAUUUUCUUCAAUUUAUCAAUUGUGGCACACAAAAUGAUGUCAUGUUUUGUGUGUAUAUUUGUAUGAUCUAAUUUAGUUACAGUUGUAUACCUGAUCCAGUCUAUGUGAGAUAAAUAGUGGCUUGCCCAUUUGUCCCAUAGAAAUGUAGGGCCGUUUUCGUUUAAAUGGUUGAACCGGUCGGACCACAGUUGUUCGUUUAUUAAAUAAGGUCAGACUUAGUAAUCUGUAUUAGGUAUUUUAGGGAAAAAUUAUUAUGCCUUUUAAAUCUUGUUUGUUGUAUUUAUGUAGAUUUCUUGAAUUCGUUUUGCUUAUACAAUGUAUAUGUACAUACAGUAUACUGGUAAAUUCUCGUGACAGUUUAACUUUCGCCUUUUUCGCCCUCAGCAUCGAGGCUGAAUUUAUCACAAUAGCAAAAGUGUAUCGUAGUCAUUACGAAUGAAGGGCGAAAUUAACAGUGGGCGAAUACAGAUCAUACCGGUGAAGGGCAAAAAGUUGGACUGGGCGAAGGUUUCCCAGUAUACAGUAUUGAAAUCAAGAUGGCUAGGUGCUCUGGCUACCAAAUAAAGAAAAAAGUAAUUAAUCA